UUGCCCAUCCCUAACACCACGUCAAGUUGUAUACAAAUUUACAAAUUUACGCUCGCCUGUUUUCGUAUUUCGUUUGGAAAUAUUAAAAAUAAAAACAAGAGGAUCUUGUAAGCUGACUGAUCUUCAACAUGGCGUAUGUCGAUCAAAAUGGUCGUCUUUGGGAGAAACGUCCUUGGGAUUUAAGUCGGGUAUUGGCCAUAUUCGUGGGCAUCUGGUUCGCCAUCAAGCAGUUAUUUGCAUCAUUCCUAGCUCCGUUUAGUGGCAACGACAACAACGGCGAUAACUCCCGACGCGGAAAUGGCUGGGGUAGUAGUAGUUGGGGAGGAGGUGGAGGAGGAGGUGGCGGCGGAGGAGGUGGUGGUGGGGGUGGAGGCAACGGCGGUGGAUAUGGCGGAGGAGGAUUAAGACCGAACCGACGAAUCGGCCGCAUACAGCCCUCAACAUCUUGCAGUGCUGGUGGAUGCUGUGGUUAGCAAAAUCUUAUUAGCGUUUUGGUCUAAAGAAGUGAUACACCAAACGCCUCGAAUAUUCAUCCCUAAAAACUUAUUGUACCUCCAUGAUACAACAACUACUCCCUGUUUUAAAUAUAUUGUGGUUUGAUUUAAGUUUAAGGGUUUGUAUUCAUUGACCAACAUUUAAAAUAUAAGAUUUUCUUUAAUAAACUCCCUAAUUUCCUAAUUUA